CCCACCUAAUGUACCCACCCUAUACACACUACAAAUACCCAAAAAAAAUUUACUCCCUUUCACCCCAUUUACCUAUUCCCCAUCAGUCUUCUCUCCCCUCCCCUUUCACCCCUCUCCCUCAUUAUACGCCAUCUUUCUCAUCUCCCCCAUUCUCGUAUGCAUCUCUCACCCUUCUCUUUUUUUUUUUUUUUUUUUUUUUUUGCUUAUUUUGUUUCUUCACUCCAUUAAAUUCAUUCUUGCGGCUCGAAGUGAUGCAGAUGGAAGAGAUAGAGAUGGUCAAUCUAGUUCGAAUAUAUCUAUGACCAUCCACUAUUUCAAUAGUAAUGCAAAUUUGGAUGAAGUGGUUUUUGUUGGAGGAUCCACAUGCCGCAUGCCAUCAAUAAAAAAUAAAUUCCAACAAAGAAAGAGAAGUGAAAGAGUAAAACACCUUGUAUCAAAACAAAGCAUUCUCUCUGCAAAGCAUAUUUACAGAACACUAAUUGGGAUACACCUAGACAGAUUGAAGGUAUGGGCAAAAGGAACAAGUAACCAGGUCAAUUAUCGGUACCACUAGCACCGAAACUGAGCGUGCAAAGAAUAUUGUGGGUUAAUCCACUUACUGACUUGCUUGCGGUUUUAAGGAGAUUUGAGUUUAGCUCUUGUCCUUCUUGUGCCAAGGAUAUCAGCUAUAGCACCACAAAGAUGAUAACUGUUUAUAAUCAUGAUCACUAUGAAGGAAUUAGGUAAGUCAUAAAAAAGUACAUGCAUUGAAGUAAUGACUUCAUUGAUGCCUAAAAAAUCUUGAUGUUUGGAGUCAGCAAGAGCCCAAACCUGAAAGCACCAAGCAGGUAAGCAUAAAGAGCAAGUCCUAGUUUGGGAUUGAGGUUGCAUUUGAGGAAAAAAUCUUGAAGAUUGUUUUUGAGGAUUGCAUUUUGGUCAAGAAGAGGCGGCCAGACAAUGACAUUAAGAACAUUAUUAUAUGCGUAGUAUGUUGUUUACCUCAAUAAUAUUAGUUGUUGUAAUAUAGUCACUUUGUAAAGUAAUAUUUCGUAUUCAAUUUUUAUUGUAUUGAGUAUGUAAAUGUAUUCAGAAUGUAAAAUUGGUAAUUUUAUCUAAAGCGUCCAUAUCAAAUAAUUGCUUGUGUAUGAUUAGACAUUGUCAUUGUGUAUUUGUGUUCAUGUAUUUACCUAAUA